AUUGCUAAAAGCUCUUUCAUAUAUUACUGUGAAUUCAUCAUUAUAUGAUAGCCUAUUUUAGUCAAGUAGAUAGAUUUUAACAAAAAAAAGAUCGCACACUAACCCUGUGCUUGAUCAGCAGACACAUAAAUAAACAGUUCAACACUUCAGCAACAUACAACAAAACAACCCGAGAAAUGUCAAUGUCGCCUUCUCAUCCGCCGAUCCAAUCCAAUUUUCUCAUCCCACCUCAGCGAAGGUAUUCCUUGAGAUGCAUCUAAUGCAUAUCAACAUGGCCUCGAGAAAAAUGCCUUGGAUACUGAUUGGGAGCAUCAGCCUCUUGGGAUUAGCGGUUCACGGCUACGAAUAUGUCAAGGGGCCAGUUUUGGUGGAGGAGAUCGCCCCCUGUCCCGGCUUGUACUGUGGUCGAACCCGCCUCAACAAGACGCAUAAUUCGGCCUGCGGGCAGUGUCCCAGAGGCUGGAAGGUGUCCAACAAUACGCAUUCCUUGUGCCGAGAAUGCCUGGAACAACCUUCUUUGUACGAUUGGUUCUUUCUGGCCUUUCACUUUUUGUUGGUCUUGUCGCUUCAUUGGUACUUCAUCGAUGCUUCGGCCAAGCGGCUGAAAUUCACCAAAGAGGUGAUUCUCUUGCAUUUCUGCGCCCUCAUCGAGGUGGUUUUGAGCGCGAUCCUGACCGUCUUGAUCACUGUGCCCUCGGGACGGUUGGCGUUGCACUCGUGUCGGGUCACCCGGCUCUCGGAUUGGUACAGUUUCUUUCAUAAUCCCAAUCCCAACUACGAGGAGACGCUUCAUUGCACGCAAGAGGUGGUCUACCCGUUGUAUAGCUUGGUUUUUGUGUUUUAUGUACUGUGCGGACUCACCAUGUUGGUGAUUCGACCGGGUCUGGCCGCCCGAAUUUAUCCACGUCGAGGCCAAGCUGCUGUGUAUGACGCUUUGUAUUUCUUGCCCAUUCUGGCCUUGAUUCACGGCUUGGGUAGUGGUCUGGUGUAUAUGGCAUAUCCGUAUAUCGUGCUCACUUUGUCUCUCGUGUCAUGUGCCAGCCAUUUUGCCUUCAAGCUCGACCAAUCCAUGCGGUCUUUGCUCAAAGGCUGUUUCACCGAUCAGCGCAAUUUGAUCAUUCUCAUUGGCCAUUGGGCGUUGCAUGCCUUUGGAAUUUUGGCUAUUACACAGUUGACUCAUCUCGAGUUCCACCUCUCGCUACUCACCCUUAUACCAUUGCCCGCUCUGUUUUAUGUCAUAACGGCUAGAUUCACGGACCCCGUGAAUUUCAAGUCUGAUUUCCAGCCUUCGAUGGCGCAUUGAAGAAACGGUUGGUUCGCAACAAGAAUGUUUUUGUAUUAUUCAAUAAAGUAUAUUGCCUUUUAAACUGA